UCGCGGAAAAAAGUAGGGCUGCUGCAGUCGAAGAGGUACCUACCUAGCAGCAGCAGCGGCAGCAGCAGCAGCGGAGCGAUUCUCGCAUCCACGUAAUAUAUACAGACACGGAGAGACUAGAAAAUACUCAAGUGUAAAAUUAGAACGCGCGCGACGAGUAGCCGCUUCAUCGGGGAGGUCGUCGCGUGCGCAUAGCAGCUUAUAUAGGUACAUUUCUCGCUUAUGUCUUCCUCCUUCUCUGCAUCGUCGACGGCAGCAGCAUCAACCGGUAAUUGAGGCUAAUGUCUAUCAUAAUCGCCGCGUCUCUAAGCAGUAAUACAAAAUAUACAGAUAACGCGGAGCAAUUUAUUCAGCAAUAACGGCGAAAGGAAAACAGUGGCGUGUGAUCAUAUAGAUAUCGAUGGGCUUCGGUGUAAAGGCAAUCGCGAGUGUAUAGCAACUAAUACACGCACGCAUAUCAGCUAUCAGCGGGUGGCUGUCCUCGGAACGGGAGUCGUGACCGGUCACGUGCUCGAGCAAGGACCUCCUCAUCCACCUCAUCGCAGUCGUAGCGUGUGUAUAUACAUAUAUACCGCACGCAGCAGUCGUCGAGUCAGCCGUCGAGGAAGAGAGAGAGAGAGAGGAUCAUCCAUGUGUACCAAAGCAAGGAAUUGACAGUGCAAGGAGCGACAGAGAGGUCAUCGUUCACUAGAAGCUUAAGCCACAGCGAUGGCAGAGGACAGUAGCGAAGUCAAGUCCACUGGGCCAUCAUCGCCGCCGAGUCCCCACAGCAGUGCUGCUGCUUCUGCUCCUGCUUCUACUCCUGCUGCCAGCGUCAGUACUGCUGCCGCUACUACUGCUGCUUCUGUCAAAGCGACCAGUCCACGAUCUCCAAGACAGACGCGCCGAGUUAAGUUAACCGACCAGCAGCUGGACAGCUUUAGCAAGGAUGAGCUGGCAGCCAAGUGGCGCGAGCAGGACUUGUAUGUGGAGUGCCUAGAGACACAGACGGCAGCCUUGGAAGGAGAUGUUGCUUUAUUGAGGGAAUCUACAGACAAAUACAGACAGCAAUAUGCAGAGGCAUCACAUAGGGAGAAAAUUUUAGUGAGGAGGCUUGCUUCCAAGGAGCAAGAACUUCAGGAAUAUGUGAAUCAAAUAACUGAAAUGAAAGCCACUCAUGCACCGUCCGCUGCAGCUCUAAGAUCUACUCUUCUUGAUCCAGCUGUAAAUAUACUUAUACAAAAAUUACGUCAAGAAUUAGUUACAACAAAAGCUAAAUUGGAGGACACUCAGAAUGAAUUAAGUGCCUGGAAGUUUACUCCAGACAGCAAUACGGGAAAACGAUUAAUGGCCAAGUGUAGAUUACUAUAUCAAGAAAAUGAAGAGUUAGGAAGAAUGAUAUCUAGCGGUAGAAUAGCUAAAUUAGAAGGAGAACUUGCUCUCCAAAAGAGUUACAGUGAAGAAGUCAAAAAAUCGCAAUCUGAACUGGAUGAAUUUCUUCAAGAUCUUGACGAGGACGUGGAAGGCAUGCAAAGUACAAUAUACUUUUUGCAGCAAGAGCUGCGAAAAGCGCGUGAGUCCGUAACUCUAUUGCAACAAGAGAACGCCUCGUUAAAAUCGGCUACAGGUGAAAACAAUUUGACAAAUGGCUUAUCACCUCACACUCCACCUAUCAAAAAGAAAGAGCCAGAGGAGAGUGAGCCUGCGGAAGUUAAGCUACCAAAAACGGAAGAUAAUGAUAGGUACAAAGGUGCUAGGACUCCUCCCUUACCGCCAGAAAGUUCGCCUCCUAGUGAACGUGCGAGUGUUGAUAAGCUUGAACGGAUAGAAAAUAAAACGCAUCAAACCGAACACAAUGAUGAAAGCUCCAGUGACUCGGCGGCUUUAAUUAUUAAGGUAGAGAAUGAAUUGUUAAGUGAGCGCGAGGAAGAGGACGAAUCGAGGACUAGUAAAAGGACGUUAAGGACUAAAAGUAAUAACAGAAGCAGUGGCAAGACAAAUGGGGAGGAAGUGAUAACAAGGACAACAAGGGGAAGGGAUAGGACAAAGAGGGAUAAAAGUGUGCCAGGUAGUGACGAUGAAAGGAUUCAUAAGAAAAAACGUAGAGGGAGCCUUCUAUCUCUUGAGUACAAUGAAGGAGAAGAGGAAGGUCUUGUUUUAACUAACGGCGAAAUGUUACAAAGUGAUCCAGAGUGAAUUGAAUGUUUAUUCAUAGCAAACCAUUUCUAGCAAAUAUCAAAGCUAACAAAAAAGUUGAAUAAAUUAACUCAUGGGUCAGUUAGAUUACAGACAGUUUGUUUGCACUAUGGAAACUCUGUAAGAGACAACAAAAUUGUUAAUUAAGCAUAAAUAUAAUGAUCUAUUUUUUAAUUAUUCAAAUUCAUGAUUCUUAUUUUUGAAAUUUAAUUUGACGAAAAUCCUAACAGUCAUUUAUAUGAUAUACUGUAAAUAAAUCCCUCUGAUUUGACGCCGUUUUAGUCUCUUCCAUUGUCCACAGUCAAACUUGACUUACAGAACGUUCAUCAGAGAACGGUUUUCUGGCACUAAUUAAAAUCUGUUCUAUACUCUGUAUAAAUUUACAUAAUUAUUAACAUAAUAUAAUUAAACAUAAGUGUAUGAAACAAAAUUUGUAUAUGCUCCAAUGGUUCAGUUAAAAAUGUACUCUAACUUGUGUAAUAUAAAAUUGAGGUUUAUAGCGACUAUGAGCUCUUAUGUAAUGAAAGGAACUAUUUGAUUUAAAUAUGGUUUAUCAUGCAAACAGCGCAUAUGGCGUGUCAUUAAAGUUUCUGACUUUACCGAAAAGCAAUUCCACCCUUGUAAUAAUAAUUUUUUCACAUUAAAAAGAAUUGUACAAAGUGUUUAAA